UUUCUACAUCGUCCAGGAAAAGAUUCAGCCAUUCCGGUAAUAAAUCGCAGCUCAUCUUCGAUUAAAAACGUCAACAAAAUUCUGGAAAGCGUUUAAUAUAAUCCUUUACUUCAUACAAAUACUUAAUAACGAUCUUCUUAGACAAAUUGUUUCGUUGUCAAAGCGGGUUUCGUUGCGAAACAAUUUCGUGAAGCAUAUUCUUGUUAAUUUAGCUGAAGAAAGAAGUCAUGCCGAAAUACACUUGGACGUCUUUUUUACAGCACUGAAUCAGUUCAAAAGCUGAAUGUUUUAUAAAAUCGAUUAUCGAAUGAUUUAUGAACUUCGAUUUUGUUAAGAAUUUUCAAUAAAUAAAUUUAAAUGAAAAAAGUUCCAAUCGAAAUCGAUUUUAAAAAAAAAACACAUUCAAAAAUUUUAUUUUACAACAGAACAAGAAAGAAAAAUUAACAUAAAAAUCAAACUUGCUUAAAUUUAAAAGAAUAGAAUUCUAUAUAUUAAAUAUAAGACGCAUCUGUUUCGCCAUCUAGUUUAUAUCAGUGAAAACUAUAACAUAACCUCUAUAUUACGAAUGAAAUAUCAAACUUUGUUUAUAUGCAUUUAUAUAAGUUUAAUAUAAAUACAUUAUUACGCAUAUAAAUACAUUAUUGCAAUAAAUUUUUUUUAUGAAACAAAAAUGUCUACUCGUUGGUAUCCUUUAUAUCAAAAAGGUAACCCACAACUUAGAAUAUUUCUUCCAAAUUUUUGGAUGAAACUUGUAAAACCUCAACAUAACCAACCAAAAAAUGUAGUAGAAUUUCACGUUUCAAUGGAAAUGACAAAAAUUGAUAUAAAAAAUUAUUUAGAAAAAAUUUAUAACGUUCAUCCUGUGUAUGUAAAUACUAGAAUUGCUCUUGGAAAAACGUAUAAGCCAGAAAAAUUUGUUGUUAAAGAAGAUGAUAUAAAAAUAGCUUACGUAGUUUUACCCAAAGAUCAAGUGUUCGAAUUUCCUAAUAUAAUUCCUAAAGAUCAGCCAGAAGAAAUCAAACAUAAAGAACAAACAGAUCAAAUAGAAGCUAACUUUCAUAAGUUUACAGAAAAAAAUAAAUGCCCUGGCAUUCCCAGUUGGUUUAAAUAAAUUUAUUUAAUAUAAAAAUAAAUAAAGUUUAAUGAUAUUAAUCUGUAUUUAUCUUUUUAUGUCUCUACAUUUGUUACAAUAACAUAAAAUAAAUACAUUGUUAACAUAAUAAAAAUAAUUGAAAUAAGUAAACGAAA